AUGCAGGUCUUGUUGAACAUGCCGCCGGAGCAUCAGGACGCACAACACUCCGGCUAUGGCCAAGGGAGUUGGAUGAACGUCCCAAAUGGGUACUCCUCCAGCCCGCAAACGACAAUGUCCCCAAUGCACGAAUUUCCUCCAUUCGAGUAUCAACCGACCACGCCAAUGCCCAUGGAACCAGCUUACCCCAUGCCACGACCAUCGCCGUUUGCUGUGUCCCACGCACAGAUGCCACCACCAUUGAUCAUGCCUCAUAGUGGGUUGUGGCCAAGUAUGAUUGCAAGUCAACCCCAACCGAGUUAUCAAACCCCCAUUUUACCCGCUGGGCCACUUCAAACUCCAUUGUCAGCGAGUACUGCGUCUGAUAUCACCCCUACCAGCGCCAAAACAACGACAUCUCGCCGCAAGCUGACCGACGACGAACGUCGUCAGAUGUGUAUCGAAGCUGAGCAGAAUCCAACCAUGAAGCAGACUCAGAUAGGAGCCAAGUUUAAUGUGGAAAGGAGCACGGUAUCGAAAAUCCUACGUCAGCGUGACAAGUACAUGAACCCUCAACCAAAAGAGGAGAGUGCCAGCCCGGGCAAGAAGUCGAAAGCAAAGUUGCCGGAUUUCGAGAAAACCCUUACCAAUUGGGUCAAGAAUCAACAGAAGAAAGGUCUGCCGGUAACCGAUGAGGACCUUCGGAAGCAAGCCCAGGUGUUCUCAUUUAGCAGGAGUGAUCAAGCAGUAGUAUCUAGUACUACUUGGUUGGAGAAAUUCAAGCGCAAGAAUCAUCUCAUCACUCCGAAAGGUGACACAGAUGCCGGUCUUGUGGAUUCAAGCACGACAUCGCUCGCAGAAACACCCUUGGACGGCUCCCCGACUUCAUCAAAUGGUCUCGUUUCACCUCCAAUGUCGGCUAUCGAUGAACUAGGAAACGAAACUGGCGUCAAGUUGGAGAGCGCGCAGGACUUUUUCGACUUUGGAGAUGCAAAGACCACCUUCGACCGCUCACCAGGUCUGGGCCAUGAGCUUGGGAACGAACUGGACGCGCCGGCACCGGAGUCCAUUUUAUCACCGAUGUCGCCAGAAUUGGUGCGCAACGAUCAGGAUGGCAUGGAUAGUACGGAAGAUUCUUCAGGGACAUCCAGUCGCCAGCGGAGCCAGACGUAUCCACACCUCCCGAAUAUUGGUUCUGGUUCACGGCCCUCCUCAUCUGGACAGAAGGUGCCGGCUUUGCCAGUGCGAUCUCUAACAACAACAACAACAACGACAGAGACCAGACCCACUGCUAUUGACCCUCGACAGAUGAUGAAACGACACAAAAGUGUCCCUGAUAUUCAUGAUCCUGAACAGGUGCGGUUCUCAUCCAUGCAACCUCCUCCGUUGCCCAGGUCUGCAGAUACGUCACCCAUCAGCAACCCAGCUUCGCCUGCGGAGGACGACAACAUUCGAGCGUUGCAUGCCAUCAAGGCUCUUCUGGAACAGAACCCAAACGUCGCUGAACCUGAUGACUAUCUGGCGAUUGGAAAAUUGAUGCAAAAGCUGAAACUUCUUCGACCUGCUGGGUCAAUUUUACCUGGCGGAAUGCACCCGAUUGAUAUCAUGGACAGCCCUCGUAUCUCCAAGAAAAGAACUAUUCUCGGCAUCUCGACCUAG